UUCAACCAAACCAAAAUGAAAUUGAACGUUUUUGUUCCGUGUUUCUAUUUCAUUUGCUCGAUGUCAUCGAUAUCCGGCUCCUUUGUCGACCCGAAUGAUAUUAGUUCAGUGGACAUCGGUUUCCCUCCACAAAAGCGCGAAGCAGGUGAAACUUUAAUCGUUGGCGGUGAAAAUGCCAAAGACGGUCAAGCUCCAUUUAUGUGUUCGUUACAAUUCUUUUCAAGCCACAAUUGUGGCUGUGCUAUAUUGUCAUCGAAAUUCGUUAUCACGGCCGCUCACUGUGUUUGGGGAAGAUUUCCCAAACAGCUCCGAAUAUUAGUUGGAACGAAUAAUUUGAAGGGGAAUGGAGACUAUUACAGCGUCACACGAAUAAUUGAACAUGAAAAAUUCAUUAUGUUCGCACAUGCUUAUGACAUUGCCGUGGUGGAAGUUGAUGGCCCAAUAUCAUUUAAUGAUAAAGUUCAACCGAUCAAGUAUUCGACUAGGGAACCUACACAUGGUUCUUUAGCACAACUGACUGGAUGGGGUCGAAUUCGUAUUGGUGGUCCAUUACCAGAUCAAUUGCAAGUGAUUAAUAUGCCAGUUGUUUCCACAGUUGCCUGUAGAGAAAUCCUUGGGUCAGACGUUCAUGACAGCCACAUCUGCGCAUUUGCAGAAGACGGUCGAGGGGCCUGUUACGCUGAUUCUGGUUCACCACUGGUUUUCGACAAUGAAAUCAUCGGGAUAGUCAGUUUUGGCAGGCCAUGUGCUCGAGGAUAUCCUGAUGCAUUUGCAAAAAUAUCUUACUUGGCUGGUUGGAUCAAGAGUACAACUGGCCUUCAAUCAUAGACAUGGUCUUGGAUGACACAUUGCAACAAUAUAUG